AAAAAAGCGGGAAAAAGCAGGAAAAAAGCGGGAAAAAAAGCGGGAAAAAAAGCGGGAAAAAAAGCGGGAACCGCCUGGAAGCCGGCGGAGGCCGCGAUGAAUUCGUACUUCCCCAACGGCAGCCUGCAGUGCCACCUCGGCGGCGCGCAGGAGGUGCUGCCCAACGUGGCCGCGCUCAACUCGGGCUACGAGCCCGUGCGCCACUUCCCGAGCUACGGCGCGGCCGUGGCGCAGAACCGCCUCUACUCCUCGCCCUUCUACUCGCCCCAGGACGGCGCCGUGGUCUUCGGCUCGGGCCGCUCGCCCUACGACUACGGCUCGGGCUUCUACCAGGACAAGGAGGUGCUGGCCAGCUGCCGCCAGAGCGCGGGGGUGGGCGCGCACGGCGGGACCCCCCCCGGCUCCAUCGCGCAGGAGUUCCCGGGCGAGCAGAGCCGGCCGGCGGCGCAGGAGCAGAAGGCGAGCAUCCAGAUCUACCCCUGGAUGCAGCGCAUGAACUCGCACAGCGGUGAGUCCGUCCCCCCCCAUCCCCGUCCCUUUUUUAUCUUUUUUUAA